AUGGCGGCAAAGGUCUUGUUGCUCGGGGCAGCUCUCAUUUCAGCGGUUAGUGCGAGCGCUGCUGCUGCUGCUGCCCCUAAGGUCACAGAUCCUCCCGCAUAUAUCAAAGCAUUCGUCCCAAAGGCACGGGGCCAAAUUAUCAUCAACCCCGUGGAAUCAGAGCUCGGCAACGCAGACAGCUAUCGGCUCACCAACUUCGGUCCUGAUAAUCCAGUAGUUACAUUUGCGGGAGGUGUAUAUCACUAUAUUGAAGCACAUAAAGCAUAUCUGAGCGAAGAGACCGUCACAACUACAGUCAACAAUGCGAAAGUGACCACAAAGGUGCCUGUGGCCGCCGCCGUGGCGACUGGCACGGGCACUGCUACUCCAGGAUUAGGCGCUGGUGAUCUUGCAAUAACCUUUUCCGAGUCCGUUGCAGAUGCCCUGCGAAAGACUGCGGACAAUGCUAUUGCGGCCUGCAGUCUUACAAAGAGGGACCUUAGUAAGAGAUUGGAUUCGGUCCAGUGUAUAAUAGACGCCGCAGUCAAGGCUAGUGGCGAGAGUGGCCCUUUUGACGCUGUUAUGACUGAAGCUUUUUGGAACCAGCUUGGUUCCCUUGCUGCUACGAACGCACCUGAAUACCUUACUUCUGCUCUUGCUGUCUUGGCCACCCAGGCAGUAAGAAACAAGGCUUUGGUUAUUUUAGGCGCCAUAAUAGUGGGCACGAAGCUAGCUGGGCCAAUAGCGAUGCUCAAAAUACCGGAAGCAGGAGUUGGAGCGCCCACCAGUGAUCAUGCCAAACCGAAGUGCGACGCUAGUGCAGGCGCCAAUAAAGAUUCUCCUCUUUGCAGCGACAGCAACUGUAAAGGCAACAGCGACAGCCCAAAAUGCACAGCAGGCGACAACAAAGGCUGUGCAUGCUUGCUCCUCGGCACAGAUUUUCCUCUACAGAUUUUCAAACAAUCCUGGUGGGACAAUCAACAGCAAGUCGUUGCAUCUUUCGCCGCGAACCCUAACCUCCUCGGCACUGCUCCCCCCUCUUGCCAUGUCAACUCUUUUGGCAAUGCCUUUGACGGCAAGCCUGCCGCCUCGCCCGCCUCCUGGUGCGUAUGCAACAUUGAGGGUAUCGAUCGGAUCUACCCAACGGUGGCAUCUGCUUCCGCUCCAUGCGCGCUCACUACAUUGCCAGCCGCCACCAUCUCACCUACCCUUACUGCCAAAAAAGGCGGCUCAGUGACUUCCUGCCGAACUUCAACCGUAACUGGCACAGGGGCCGGCACUGGGUCGUACUGCACCUGCAACGACAACAGUAUGUAUGGUGUGGACACCUGGACGGUGGGUACCCAAACAGUAACAGGUUGCUCUGCCACGCGGACAACAAGCUCGAAGACAACCAACCCGGCCAUGGCUACAGCGACAUGCAAUCCUCCUCAGCGGUACUCUAUGGAGCAGGAUCGUAUCCUUCUUAUUGCCGAAUAUUACUGCCCUAGUACCCACAAUGGAGACGCAUAUAAAGACAGACAUGAUACCACGUCGGGUGUUAAUGACGGCGGUGUUAUAGCUGUAUUGGCAUCGUUGGAUAAAGGCUGUGUAAAUCACGUGCCUAUUGAUCAAGCUGACUGCAGAGCGGCACUCCAGAGCAUUUACGAUAAAUGUCAUGUGGGCCAAAGUUUAGGCUAUGGUGGUAGCGCCAGUAUUAAAUGCCAGCGGUUCAACGUUACCAUUGUCAAGUACGGGAGUUGGCUUCCUUCUGGGCCGACAUUGCCAUGA